UAUUAAGUGUUGCAUCUUUGGUUGUUAUUCCUGGUGGUGUUGGUGUUCUUGGUAUUGCUGCAUUUUGGAAUCAUUGUCUUCUGGAGUUGGUAAUAUUGUUUGUUGGUGAUGGCUGUUGGUUGUCAUUGCUGGCGGUAUUGUCAUUUGUUAGUGUUUUUGGUAUUGCUGUAUUCUAG